GCAGCUUGCCAACUCAAGAUUUCACUUCUAUUCUAUACAUUAACCAAACAUAUCUCUAACCAAUUCUUUUCUUUUCUUUUCAUAAUUUUCCUUCAAUUUCUCGAGAAAAUUUCUAAUCCUAAUCUACUUAUCUUUUUUAAACGCCGAUGGCCACGGGCCGAACCUCCAUCCCUACUGAUUCGGACGAUGAAAUUGGCGCAAUUAACAACACCAUUACAAGACUUCUCAGCUUUCAUUCCAUCCGUGACCGUUUACGCUCCAAGAGAAACCCUAACUACAGUCAGACGAAGGGUCAGAUAAAGCCGGCUUUCCACCGCUACUGGCUCCACCAUUUGUUGCGGAAGAUCAUACAGUUUUGAAGUUUUUGACUAUUUAUCUAAAAAUGAUCACUUUGCUUCUUGUUAUUUUGGUAAAAUAGUUCUAUGCGUCAUGUUGUGUAAAAUCUGCCAAUUUGAAUGGAAAAAACUACUUCUAUGCAUUACGUUUUAUACAACAUAUCAAUUUGGAAACCAGUUUUGCACUUUUGUUAAUGUGUUAUACUCUUUUUUGUUCGUUAAUAAGACUUGCUGGCUAUUUUGUUUUCGUUGGCUAUUUUGAAUUGGAAAAAUACUUCGAUGCAUUACGUUUUAAUACAAAAUAUCAAUUUGGAAGCAAAUCGAUGAUUCUCUUGGUGAAGUUUAAAAAAAAUGUGCACCCGUUGGUAUCAACAUAAAUGCGAUUUAGGGUGGUAGGAUGAGAAAGGAUUCUCUGAUGUUAUUUUGUAGGUUGAGAAUGCACACCUAUAUUCGAAUUUGACAUACGCUUGAUGCAUAGAUUACCAUCAAAGAACUUUUUUGAGAGUGAAUUUUUUUUAUUGCUACUUGCUUAGGCGAUUUCUUGGUUUGGUGAAAGCUUCAUCAAAUGAUAGUCUUUUUCUAUAUAGCAUCACAGCUCGUGGUGAUAUACUGUAGGAAAUGCUUAAAAAAUGAUGAGUUUCAUGCAUGUACUUGACGGGGUUGAACUGCGUCCACCAGUUUCUGAUGUUUCAUGCAAUGGUCUUGCUGCCAGGCUUGAAAAGUGCAGGAUGUUAAUUGAAAUUGCUGGAAAUUACUUAGAUGAAGGGGCAAAUCCUUUCCAUGUAGUUGAGGCGUGCAAUGAAGUUUUGGAAGAGCAUGGUAGUGAAAUUGGAUCCAUGAUAAGGCAUGAGCGUCUUUGCACACUUGCUGCCUUAUUGCUUAAGAUUGUUAUAGUUGGAGAUGAUUGUGCAUUGCCUCCACCUCUAGGCAUAGCUGGAUGAAGAGGUUUGGCAGGCCCUAUUCUUGUUCACAAGGUUCUCUGUUUCUUCCUUUUCCUCCUUACAUAUAUGCAAAUAGGGGCCUUUCUUGCAUAUGCACUUACAUGUUCGCGCUUUAGGCCUUUUCUACUAUUACUUGUUCCAGUGAAAAUUUAUCUUUGUAUUGGUUGAUUUAAUUUUUUGUCUUUAUCCUUUCAUAUAUAUCUGAACUGUUCUUACACUAAAUUUAGUUCUGAUUAUGCAUGUGGAGUUGGAAAGUCAGGUUGCUGGAGCUAGCUGCUGCUGGCCUUUUCCUUUCUUAAGUUACUCUGUUACUGCAGAAGCAAAACGUGCAUCUGAAAUGGUUGGGACAAUGGGUGUUGCCUUAUCUGUUUUUACACUGCCUGGGCAGGUUUCAACAUAUUGUCUGGGUUCUGGAAAAAUGGAACUUGGUCUUGAGAUUAAUUUGUCAGGUUUUAUCUUGAGUUGAUUGCUUCUGAUGCUGUGCACAUCAAAGUGGUCAAGUAUUCUUGUGGAUCUUUUACAGGGCCACUGCUUACAGUUAGUUCCUAGACUCGUAAAAAUUUGCUUCCUUGUUGACAAAAUUAAAUUGAACUAAGAUAAGUUUCUUUCAGCAUUGCGAACCUGGUGCUGCUGUUGUGGACCUUCAACUUGCAGUUGUAGUGUCUCUCAUGUGCUUAAGCAGAUAUUGUCAAGGGUAUGCUCAAUACCUGGGAGAUAUCUUAUUUUACAGGCUACAUUUAGCUUUGUUCAUUUAAAGAGAAAAAAAGAAAAGGGUUUUAAAAAAACUUUAAAAAUUAUUUCACCACUGAACAAAGUUCCUGGGAAGGCUUGAGAAAAAAUUACUGGUACUUUUGACAUAUUUUCUCUGCAACAUGUGCUUACUCAGCUAAAUUGAAUGAAAAAGCUUCUUCCUGAUGGGGUUGUAAGAAGUUAAAAGAAACAGAAAAAUCUCAAACUGGUCAUGCAUUUUGAAGAGAAAUUACAAACC